AUGGCCGCUAAUUUCAAUGUCAUAAUCAUUGGGGCUGGGCUUGCUGGUUUAGCGAUAGCUCAAGGUCUCAAGAAGAAUGGAAUACCGUUUGUCAUUUUCGAGAAGGAAGUGACGCCACGCGAUCGCAAUUGGGGUGUCACUAUCAGCUGGGCCGUGCCAUAUCUGCAGGAAUGUCUCUCGCCUGAGCUCUUUGAUCGUUUGAAGGAGUGCCAGCCCGAUCCCGGCCUUGACUGCAAAGCUCGAGGUCAAGAAAGUGUUCUCAUUCGGAAUGGUGCCACAGGCGAGAGGCUGGUCGAAUCGACCUUCCCCGGGAUCAGGCGGCUGCAGAUCAAGAAGACAAGGAAGAUAUGGGGUGAGAACAUCAAUGUCCAAUUUGGCAAAGUCAUCACAGGAAUCGAUACCCCAGCAGGCGGAGGGGUGACAGCACACUUUACAGACGGUACUUCUGUGUCCGGAUCCGUCCUCAUUGGUACCGAUGGGGGUUCUUCUUGGGCUCGAGGCGCCCUCUUCGGCGAGGAAGCUCAGCCAUGGGAACUUGGCUAUCACUUCGUGAACUUCCCCUUCCAGCUUCAAGCGGAACAAGCUAGGUGGCUGGACGAGAGAAUCCACCCUAUUGUGGACGUUGGAUGCCACCCGAACAAGCCCAUGUAUUCAGGCAUCUUUAUUCUGGACAAGCCAGAGCUGGACAACCCGGAGACAUGGGUCUUCUAUGUGCUGUCCACCUGGCCCAAGAGCGAGGGAUCUUAUCGUAAGGACGAAGAUCUGCUGGCGGAAUACCGACGGCACAUGCAGGGAUGGGGGGACCCCUACAAGCAGGUUGCCGAUUGGAUUCCACCGGGAACCAAGGUGAGAGCUGUGGAAGGCGGUCUGAAGGUGUUCGCCCCCAGGACAAAAUGGGACAACAGAGAUGGAAGGUUUACGAUCGGAGGCGAUGCGGCGCACUCGAUGACGGGUGGUAACAAUGCCUUAAGAGAUGCAAAUCAGUUCGUGUCAGCCAUGAUUGACGUCAACGCGGGAGGGAAGACAUUGCGGGAGGCCGUCGAUGCAUACGAUGCUGAGAUGCUCCAGAGAGGCGCAUCAGAAGUGGAGAUGAGCUCGAAGCAGACUCAUGCCUUCCACAACUAUCAGGCUUUUCUCGAGAGCCCUAUCAUGAAGCACGGAAUCAAACCCACAGCAGCCAGCGUCGAUGGAAGUUCGACCGGAGCUUUAGAUUCAGGGAAUACCUCAGGUUCCUAG